CUUGCAAGUACAUGUAACUAUUCAAACUAAAUGUAGCUAUCAAGAUUUCAAUUGUCAGUGCGUUACAUUUUAACAAACGUAGCAAACGUCUGAACGUAAACAAGAAAAUGUUAUGGGUCUCGAUAAUUUUUCUAAUUUUUACUGCAACAAAUGCCGUAGAAUUAUCGGGUAUUCUUAAAUUAUUUACACCUAACGAUGUUAUUUUAUCGGCGGCGGCAGAUAAUAUGGCUAAUAAGUUGGAAAGCGAAUAUAUGAAAUAUCUCGAGACUGGAGUGGAAACGCCUACUUUCAAUUACGUGACAAUGCAAUUGGAAAGUUCACGUAACGGAAUGAAUAAAUAUGUUAAGGAUAUUCAUAAACUGAAGCCAGUCGAUGAGUUUUUCGUUUGCGUCGUCUGUCGGGCAAUGGCCGGUGUUAUCGUCCGUACGUUUCGUGAUGAGCAAAACGAUUUGAACGGUCCUAAGGGCGAUGCUGUAGCUAAAAAGAUUGCUAUAGAUGCAUGUCAACGCUUAAAAAUACAAACGAAAGAAGUGUGCGAAGGCCUGUUUGACGGUCACUGGCCCAUCCUACGAUACAUUAUUGAAAACACUUCUGUGGAUGCAAAAACAAUUUGCUCUUUUUAUAUACAAUUUACUUUUUGCAAUGUCGCCGAUCAUCCAAAUUUCAAUUUCAAUUUGGAGUUGGACGAUGCAGAUCAGCCAUCCAUAAUUGCGUCCAAGUCGAAUCGAGGCAGGAGAACUCCAAACGAUUUGAAUAUUCUGCAUUUGACCGAUAUACAUCACGAUCCUUUGUACGAGCCAGGAUCGCUGGCUGAAUGUGACGAACCAUUGUGCUGUCAGCGUCACAAGAGUCUGGCUGUAGGUACGUCGAAGGCGGCUGGCUAUUGGGGUGAUUAUCGCGAAUGCGAUUUGCCCUGGCAUACAGUCAAUCAAGCAUUUACUCAUAUUCGGCAAGCGCAUGCGGACGUUGAUUAUAUUUUUCAAACCGGUGAUGUUAUCGAUCAUAUGAUCUGGAGCACCUCUAUGGCAAAAAAUAAAGUCGUCUACGAAAGGGUAGUUAAACGUAUUUAUGAAUUGUUUCCUGACGUCCCCGUCUAUCCAUGUAUAGGUAAUCACGAAGCACAUCCAUUAAAUUUAUUCAGUCCCGCCUAUGCGCCCGAUAGCGUCAAUAGUCAUUGGUUAUAUGAAUUUCUUUAUGAUAUAUGGUCUAAAUGGUUGCCCGCAGGAGCUAAGGAAACCGUCUUAAGGGGCGGUUAUUACACAGCUUUAGCUAGACCCGGUUAUCGCAUUAUUUCCUUGAAUAACAAUGAUUGUUAUACGGAUAAUUGGUGGUUAUUUUAUAACGGUACCGAUAUGAAAACACAGUUAAUGUGGUUAUAUGAAACUUUAUUGGCUGCGGAGAGGGCGAACGAACACGUUCACAUUUUAGCUCACGUACCUUCAGGUGAUGACACAUGUUGGAAUGUGUGGUCUCGCGAAUUUAAUCGGCUCGUCAGACGCUUUCGGGAAACCAUAAGCGGUAUUUUUAAUGGCCAUAGUCAUGCCGAUGAAAUGCAUAUUCAUUACACCAAUGGUGGAUAUGCAGUCGCAGUGACAUUUAAUGGUGGAGCUUUAACCACAUGGACUUAUAAAAAUCCCAACUAUCGUAUAUACCGCGUAGAGCCGGAGACGCUGCAAGUUGUCGAUCAUGAAACCUGGAUUUUUAAUCUUACCGCGGCGAACACUGCUGGGGCUGCCGAAAAUCCUCGCUGGUUUAAAGAAUAUAUAUUCUCAGAAGAAUUUACCGACGAUCUUAGUCCAGCCGGUCUUGAUAAAUUACUAGAACAAAUGGCUGAUAAUCCUCGUUUGCUAGAAAAGUUUUGGCGUUUUAAAAUGCUUUCCACUGAUCCGAGAUUAAGAAAAGGUUGCAAUCGAUCUUGUAUGCUAAAAACCAUAUGUCGUCUUGCUGUGACCGUCAACGAUCAGCGUAAACGUUGUGAGGAAUUAAAGGCAAGACUGAUAAAAGCGAUGGAUUCAAGUUAUGAAUAAAGAAAACAUGUCGAGAUCAAUUAUUAUAACCCACGUACAUAU